CCCUUCCGUGCAUUGAGAACAUUGUAACUCACAAGCAUUGGGAAUAGAGGGUUUAAAAUUAUAUCCUUGAAUUCCUUGUACAUAACCACUAGUACGACCAUCACCCCAAGUCCACUGACAUAAUGCUGCAGAAACAAUCUCUCACGUGGAGAUAAGCCGAUAAGCAACGAUUUGCGCUUUUCACAGCCAAGGGCGAUCCUUCAAGUCUCCACCAUCAGAUCUCUUCAGACGCAAAGACAAACCACCACCACAACCCGUUCGGUGGACUUACCCUCACAAUGGCGUCGCCACUAAUUCUACUCCCGGGCGACGAAGUUCCCUCCGAAUAUCUGCCAUCCAGCAAUUCGGGUCCCUUGAGACUUGGAGCAGGUCUUCGUCUCCUCUCGCAACCGUCCUCGAAUCCUCCCAGCCAUGUCAUAUCCGCCACGCAACCCGGGCUUCUCUCAACAGAUAACAAAAGAAAUGCCGUCUCGAUCCUCUCUACCCCAAACCGUCGCUACCUCCCGACACCAGGCGAUCUUGUGAUCGCGCAGAUCCACCACUCCAGUCCGGAUUACUUCCAUUGUAUGGUUACGCCGCAAGCGCCCCAGACACUGCUAGGACAGCUUUCAUUUGAGGGUGCGACGAAGAAGACGCGGCCGAUGCUGAAACAAGGCGAUCUGGUCUAUGCUCGUGUGUUGUCGACUGGUUUGGGCGCUGGCGCGGAGGUGGAACUUACAUGUGUCAACCCGGCGACAGGACGGGCUGAUGGGGGAUUGGGUCCGUUGACCGGGGGUAUGGUUUUUGAUGUGUCGACUGGGUUGGCGGCUCGGUUGAUAAAGGCGAGCUCUUCGUCGGCGGAGCAACAGGAUGGUGUGGCAGGGUUGGUGGUUCUGGAUGAACUGGGCAAGAAGCUGGAGAAGGCGGGUGGAUUUGAGAUCGCUGUGGGGAGAAAUGGAAAGGUUUGGGUGGAUUGUGCCAAUGGAGGCGAUUAUGCUGUCAAGGCGACGGUCGCAAUUGGGCGAUGCCUGAGUACCAUCGACGAGCACGAAUUGAGCUCGACAGAUCAGAGGAAGUUGGUGACCAGGAUAUUACGAGAAAUGAAGAUAGAAUCGUGAUGUGCAAGAUAUUGAGUGUUUCUAUGUUAUAUCUUAUACACAUCCGCUGUUGAUAAUGUUAUUCCUCAUGUACCUACUAGUAGUUUACGACGCUGAGCGCAAUGCAAAAGCAUACCCAAUAGAA